AUGCGUGAACCACAUUCGGGUCGGCUUGUGGCUCCCAGCAAGACGGUGCCGAUGGCCAGAGCCACUACUGCUACCCACAUGGCCGUGCGAUGCCGCGCACGGUCAAUGCGCUCCAUCACUCUUGCACUAGGAGCACUGGGUUGGGUCUGGAUCUCACACCAUGAACUGCAGACCCGCGGUGUGACAGACACGGGCCCCGAGGCGAUGAAGUGGACGGCAUGUCUAGACGCGUUACUAUUACCGCAACUGGAGGAAGCCAGUUUGCACGCAACGAUGGCUGUCGUCGCAAGGUGCCGUAGUGUUCGCCAUGAAAGAGGAGCAUGA